CCCGUAUAUAACCUCUGACACAGAGCGUCUCUCUCUCAAAGCAGAGAGUUCUCAUCUGAAGCCUUUCUGGACUGAUAAGCUGCCACCAGGAGAAGAUGCUGAACCAAUCAGCCAUCAUCUUGCUGCUCCUGCCACUGGUGUACAGUGCAGGUCAAAGUUCAAGGUUGGAAAUCAUAUCAAGUAAGCAAGACAUCCAGGUUGGAGAAGAAAUAUUGCUAGUAUGUAAAGCUCCAAAAGAGGGAGAUAUGACAUGGUUUAGGGAGGGAGAAGAAAUUGAUGAUGAAGAAAUUGUCUCAAAGGUGGACUACACUACCUCCAAACUGCUUAUCUGGAAAGCCAGCCUGUCCGAUGUGGGCACGUAUACCUGCAAGUUUGAGUCUGAGGAUGGACACAAUGUGGAGACUGAGUUUGUUGUGUAUAUUUAUAAGGGUCCAUCAUUUCAUGACACCACCACCUACCAUGAGUUUCUGGAGGGAACAGACGGGGUGGUGCUGUGUGUGGUGACUGGGCAGCCAGCGGUGGAUGUUCAAUGGCUUAAAGACAAGGAACCAAUCCCUUCUACACCGGGAAGGCGCGUUUGGAAGACGUCCGAUAAUGCGCUUCAUAUUGAGAAAGUGAAAAGGGAGGAUGCUGGGACUUACAUUUGUCAGGCCCAGAUCAAGGGGAGACCAAUCUACCAGCAGCUCCCUGUCUCUGUUGUUGUCAAUGCUCCUCCUACUGUGCACAUUAGAGAAGAAGUGAAAAAAGUUGCUGUCGGGCCUGAAACCAAUGUAUCGUUGUCAUGUUUGGUUGGUGGUCUGCCAAAACCCAACAUCACUUGGACAAUGCCUGUGGAGUUUGAUCCUUCCCGUCACCUCUUCAACUCAGAUCGCAGCCAACUCACCAUCCGGUCUGUGGUCAGGGCCGACUAUGGGGAGUACGUCUGCACGGCCAAAAACAAGAUCGCUGAGAGCAGUGCUACCUUCAUGCUGCACGUCUUUGAGCCUCCAGAGGUGUUUAUCUCAGGAGAUCAGCACAGUGUGAAUGUGGGUAAGCGAGUUGCUGUGUCCUGUAACGUGACUGGCUACCCUCAGCCUGAUCUACACUGGCUCAACAAGCAAAAUGGACAAGAACUGGAUAUGGCUGGUCGUAUCCAUGUGUUGGAUGGCAUGCUGGAGAUUAAGGACGUGAUCCCCUCUGAUGGCGGACUGUACUCCUGCAUGGCUGUCAGUACUUCUGGAAAUGCAUCGAGAGAUGUUUCAAUACACACCCAGCCCGGGCCGCCACAUUACCUGACGGUCACCCCUGGUCCAACCUCGGUGCUCUUUACACUCAAAACCUUUCCCAUCAAUGGAGGAACACCGAUCAAAAGCUUUGUUCUGCAGUGGAGGAAAAAUGCAAUAGAAAAGUGGGAAGAGACCAUCGUUGCAGCUUCAGAUGUUUUGGCUAUCACCGACCUCAGGCCAUACACUAAGUACACAGUUCGCAUGGCUGCCUUAAAUAAUGUGGGGCGGGGGCAGUUCUCAAUAGAAAAUACGGUUCGCACUGAAGGCAAACAAGGUGAACCAGACAGUCCAGCUAUAUCUACUGAUCAGGCAAAAGUUGAGGGCAACUCCUUCUCUGUUCCUCUUGAACAAAGUGAUAACGGUGGAUCCCCUCUGCUGCACCUUAACGUCAAAUACAAAGAGGAAGCAGAAAAAAGCGAAUGGCACAAAAUGCAGCUUCCCUCUGAUGCUAAAUCUGUCAACCUGAAAGACCUCACCUUUGGUUCAGACUAUCGUCUGGAAGUUGAAGCUGUCAAUUAUAAUGGCUCCUCUAUCCCUGCAACGUUCAACUUUACAGUUCUAGAACAGCCUGUGAGCAGCAGAAUGACCAAAGGCACCGUGGCUGGCAUCGUGAUGUUGAUCUUCCUGGUGGUGUUCCUGGCUGUAGAUGCCACCUGCUGCUACCGAAACCGCUGUGGUCUGCUCAUGGCCGUUGCUGGAAAACUGUCCAGGUGGAAAGAUCCUGGCCUCAAGAAGGUUGAGGAAGGAGAGGGGACGACUAAUGGAGACGUAACGCUGAAGGCUAUUUCCAAACCAAGAAGGAGUAUUCAGCAGUCAGGGGUUCAGACAAUCAGCAAAGAGGCCGGUCAUCUCACAGAGGUCACCUGUGACAAAGCCCCCCUAACCAAAAAUGAGAAAUUACAUCCCACAACUGAUGCAUGAGGUCUUAUAAAAUGAAGAAGAAAGAGUGAAAACUAGAGACAACAUUUUGUACAAAGAGGAAGGGAAAAAGUCAGUGGAUCCCAGCUGUUGUGGGAGAAAUCAAACACAGUGACACACUGUACGAAAUUGGACUGAUCUGGACUGAUUGUGAUAAAACUGAGCUGAUCCUGCCUCUGUUUUUAACACUUGUUUGUUCUACAACAGGGUAUUAAUGAUGUCUGUGUUUUACAGGGUAAAAGUUUUGUUACUGUGUAAUCUUUGCAACAGCUUUUGUGAAAGAAAAGAGUAACAUUUACUUGGCACAGCAAAUGUUUAGCUGGUGCUUUUCAUAGUUUCACAGACAGAAUUAUCUUUUUGACGUUGCUAGUUUUCUUUAUUGUUAACAUUGUGUCGUUGGCUCUAGCAGAAGUCAUUACAAUGGAUUUAACACCUUAUUUUCUAACUGUAUGUUACUGAAUUUGAAUGUAAAACAACUUGAUAAUAUUUAUUAUUUUCUACUGUUACCUUUAUAAAGGUUAUUUGUUAAAGGAGCGUUUGGAUACAUCCAAUGCUAUCUGUAAGUGUGUUGCUCACUGUGCUGUUAAGCACUUUUUCUGUGAAAAUGUUUUUGGAAAGUCAGCAUGGGUUAGAUAAGGGACUUGUUGUUUAAAGCUACUUAAAAUAAGUGUAAUCACUCAUCUACAAAAAUGUUUUCUAUUAAUGCUACAAUAUUGCCAACAGCAGUUCAGUAAAAAGCUUACCGAAAGUUUUUUUUACGAAAAAGGCAUGAACUUAUUCUAACAUUGUUCCUACCACUGUACAUUGUGUAUACAUCUUUGAUGUGUUUGAUAAACAGCUUUUUGUGUUUUAGGCUCACCAUAUGAAUGUGUUCUGCAUUUUAAAGUAAAGUAAAAUCUGAAAUAAAAAAAAAUGUUUUCCUUUUUUUGACAAAAAUCUAUUGGUUUCCCUACAAACAAAACUGCUAUGCGUUGAGAAACUAAAUGAUGCACAUUUCCUAAACUACACUCUGUCUCCACAGGAAAACGUGGUGACAGCAUCGUGCAUCUUUCUUCUUUUGGUGCAGGAAAGCUAGUUAGACUUGAUGAGGAGAUGGAUGGAGCUAAAUCCAAGGUAAUCUUUGAGGACCUUUUAGAAGCUGCUAUAGAGACUAGUGUUAAAGUUAACCUUUCGGCAGGACUGCAACCCUAAAACAUACAGACACACACAUGUCAGACCUAAAUCGGUGUCUACAUGCUUAAAGCUGCUGAAGACAUAACCCAGCAGCUCUAGUUGUAUCAAAAGGCAACUCCAGUAUUGUCUCAGGUAGCUGAAUACUUUUCAGAUUUUUCUUUUUAAAAUAAGAACAAAAACAUGUUAUUUUCCUUCCUUUUCACAAUUGGACACAGGCUUGUGUAAAUCUAGCACUUAAAAUAAACACAUUGAACUUUC